AGAAUAAAAAGACUGGAACAAAGAAAUGAAUGGACAGGGGAACAGCGGAACGGACCAGAGGAGAGAAGGAGAGGGAGCGGUGCCAGGCAGCGAAAAGUGUAAACAAAACGCACGUGCCGCCCACAACGCCUCCCGCCCCUGCCGCUCCUGCUCACCCUGCCGCCCCUGCUGACCGUGUGAGGCUGAGACCUUCCCUGCUGCCCUGCUGAGGUGAUGGCAGCAGAGUGCAGAGGAAGGAAAGGGGGAUGUAUGGAGGAAAUUACAAUGCAGAGGAGCUUUUUAUCUCCACCAGUGAGGGAAAUUCUCCUAAGAGCCACUCCUCCUUCCUCCUCCUCCUCCUCCUCCUCUUCUUGGGUCACCUCAGAUGGCAAGAUUGAGUGGGAGAAGACUGAAGAGGUGCUUGCAGGUGUGGGUGGACAGGUGUGGAGUGAGGAGUGGUACAGGGGUGCGGUGGAGGCCCUGGCACCACUCCUGCCUCAGUGCCAGGCCUUCGUGGUGGAUGGAGAUGCCCUGCCAGCCCUCCUGCCUCACCUGGCAUGGAUGGCACAGGGGGAGGGUGUGCAGCGGUGUGUGGCGCUGCUGAGGGUCGGGGAGGCCUGUGACUUCCUUGCUGCCCUCCUGUGCCUCACCGCGCUGGCCGAGAGGUGUCUGGGGGAGCUGGUCCUAAUGUGUGGAGGUCAGGUUCCCUUCCUCCUCCGUGACCUCCUGGACACUCCUGAGCUGCUAGGGGUCAUGGGUGCCACCUGGGUUAAGUUAGCAAAGGUGCUGGUGGGGUCUGUCCUGGGGCUGAACCUGAGGAACCUAGCCUGGCAUGGCUUUCGUCCUGAGGAGACCCAGGCUGGCCCAGUGUGUGCCCUGCUGCUACUGCUGGCAGAGUGUGGCAGGGUGCUGGAGGGACGGGGAGGGAGGAAAGCUGUGCCAAGGAAACCCAGCGUGUGUCUCAAUCUAAAGGAGGGUGUAGCAGUGGAGGUGGCUGUGGAGGAGGGUCAGCUGUGGCCAUCUCGUGCAGUGGUGGAGGAGGUGGUGGAGAGGAGUGGGUUGGUGCCUGUGGUGAUGAAGGCUGUGUGGAGGAGGGCCCUGCAUCACCUCUUUGAAGGCAGGCACUGGGUAGGGCUGGCACUGCUCCUCCCCCAGCUGGAGUGCUCCCUGCGGUGCCUCUUCGCGUGGGCUAAUGAGGUGCCUUCGCGGGUGCUCACUGCCCAACACACAGCUCUCUACACCACCCUCGACCACGUCCUUGCUCCUCGUGUUACUGGAGGAGGAAUAGAGGACGUAGGAGGAGGUGGUGGAGCUGGAGGACUGCAGGUAGAACAAAGGGAAAGUGGAAUGAUUGAAGGAACAAGAAAAGACACUGGUGGUGAAACAGAAGAGGCAGAAGUCAAAGACGAUGAACACAAAGGAAGAGGAAAGAGAAAAGGUGAAUUUAAACCUAAACAGGAAACAAAAAAAAAAGACGGGAACCAACCAUCACCACCGUCACUCACCACCACCACGACCACCACUACUACUACUACCACCACCAUGACCGAGGAGGAGGAGGAGGAGGAAGGGGAGGGAAGCGGUGAUAGUGAAAAUAACAAGAAUGACAAGAGAGAAGGUGAAAAUAAGAAGGAAGAUAACAGUGAUGGUGAAUAUAACAAGGUACUUCCAAUACUAGGCAGAGAGAUAACAGAGGCUUUAUUUGACCUCCUGAAUUUCUCCCAGGGGCCGAGAGUGAGAGAUAGAGUGAGUCACGGCGAGGCAGACCCGGGGAGUGUGUCACCAUCAGCUGCCAUCUUUGCACUCCACCUCUCCUUGCUAAUCUUAUCAUGCGAAAGCGAAAACCAUGAUAACGCGAUACCUCGACACACUAGGGGCUAUUGUAUUGGUAAAAACUGCUGUAAUAACCUCGACACAACGUUUAAGAGUUCUAAUGAGGAUGAGGAAACUAUAAAACAUCCAAUUCUUCCUCAUCCACCUCUCCUCCCAUCCACUCGCCUAUCCCAGGAGACUGAAAAUGCGUUACAGGUUCUUAGAGAGUGGAUAAGUGGAUACAGGAGUCACUACCACCCUACUGCUCUCCUCCACGCAUCCCUCCUCUCUUCCACCUCCCUCCUGAGCGGGUGGAUGGAGUGGAAGAGAGUAGAGAGAAACGAGAUGGAUUACGUGGAGUGGGAGAGGCAGGUGGAGGUGCUGGUGGAAGAGAUGGAUAGACUAUAUGAGAGAGUGGAAGAGGGAAAAGGCAAAAGUAAUGUGGAGUUAGAAGUGAGCGCGAGAAAAGGGGAUAAGGAAAGAAGUGAUAAUGAGGUGGAUACUGAGAAUGCCGUAGAAGUGAAGAGAAGUGAAGGAAAUGAAAGGAUGGAAGAUAAAGAAAAGAAUGUAUGUGAAAGGCGAGAAAAAAAGACGAGGGAAGUGGCAGAGUAUGAUGUAGAGACAGAAAACGGAAAAGAACGAACGAGGGAAGUAGAAAACAAAGACCAAAGAAGGAUGAAGGAAAAUACAAUGAUAAAUCGUGGAAUGAAAGAAAACUUACAUAAAACAACAGAAGAACGAAAUGAAGAAACGAAGAGGACACAAAAACAAAAAGAAGAGAAGGAAAUGACAAUAAGACCCAAAAUAAAAGCAAAUCUAAGUUACCCAUCGCUUUCACGCACGCACACCUUCCUUCCUUUAACAAAAACCUCAGAAUUCAUGGCAAAAAUCCACAAUAUAACUUUCCAAGUCCUUCACCGACCUAAAUCUGAGCUGGAAGUAGUCUCAAUAUUGCGCAGAAUAACUACCAACAUAAACACAAGCCUCAAGAACACACAGGAUAGUCUCUCCUUCAAACACACGCAGUUUAGAGAAAAGAAAAUGAGGUCUAGACGAAGGGAGACUUACAAAAGACAACUCAACUCGGUGCCUGUGCUGGUGUGGACUUGUUAUCUCUCACUCCAGGCUGUUUAUAUGGUCCUCCUGUCUCUCCACGAUGUUCCAGAGAUGAGGAGAGAUAGUUUUUCCAGUCUCAUGCGGGUCCUGAAGGGGAUGUUGAAGGCUAUGGAGAAUUUAGCGUCACAGACAGACCCUCAGAUGAACCGUUGGGACGAGGCUGUUUGUCUAUCAAGGGAGAAUGUUGGCUUUAUUUGGAAGCAUUUUGGGUGUGGGAUUUAAGUUUAAGUUCUCGACUGUGAUAUGAUUCUUUUAUUGUUUUGUUUUGUUAGUUAUAAUUUUAUAAUAUUAAGUUUGUUUUCAUCUCUGACUUGUUUUUGCUAUUUUUACCUGUGUCUGCUUGUGUUAAGGCGGUGUCACACUAGCCCUUUUUCCGUCGUUUUUCAGAAAAUCGACAAUAUUUUGGCUGCGGCCUGUCACACACAAACGGUGUUUCGUCAUCACUUUCCGCCAACACAGAUUGACAAUGUAAACAAACAUGGAGGCCACGCUGCGGCAAAGAUACGCUGCUCUGAACGUAAUACUGUGUAUUACGAAACUUAGACGAGCUAAACAAGCCAAAAAAGCGUGCAUGGAUGCGUUCACGGUUAGUGGUAGAACCAAUGCACGUAGAAGCAGGAUGAGGAGACGCGGCAAGUCUUGUGGUCUGGUCUUGACGCAAUGUUCCCAGAACCCACCGCAAGGAGGCACUACACGACGAAAGCUUUGAUCAGAGUUGCCAACUCGUAAUUUGAAAAGGCGCUAUGUCCACCCCUAAAAAGCGCUAAAAAAGCGCUAAAUUUCGCAAAGUUGUGUAGUAUCCCUAUUAAUUGUCCUUUCACCUAACUUUUAAUGCUGAAAUAUAUGUAGCAUAAAAUAUAAUGGAUUCACAGCAAAA